AUGGCCAAUAACCUCUGGGCUAAAAGAGCUCCGGUGACUGUACGGGACGCAAAGCAUGAGCUAUUCCAGCUCGUCUUCUCAAGUCAAACCGACCGGCAAGAAGCUCUGAAGAAGGCUCCGUGGUUUAUCGACUCCAAGAUUUUCACCUUCAAAGAAUGGGAGACGCCAUCAGAGCGUCUAUAUCAUGAUCUCGCCCGAGUCCCAUACCUGGUCCAGUUCUGGAAUCUCCCAGAGGAGUACAUAACAGUCGCACUGGGAAGGUUGCUGGCUUCACGUCUGGGCACAGUGGAGGAAGCUGGGAUGUAUGCAGUCUGGUAG